AUGUCCGGCACACCGAAUGCAGAGCUUGCGAGAGAGCAGCAGCAGCCAGGCGAUCCUGCCGCGUUUGCACCGAGUGAAUUUGGAGGUGACAUGCCUGGCUCCGAGUUGCCUGAAGCGCCACGAGACAAGUUCUUCCGCAAGAUGAGGGAGCAGCCUCUUGUGCCUAUUGGGUCGCUGCUCACAUGCGGAGCACUCAUCGUUGCCUCAAAUCAUCUCCGUACCGGCAACCGCGAUCAGUUCAAUAAAGCUCUCCGAUGGCGUGUCGGCUUCCAAGGCCUCACAGUGCUGGCCGCUCUCGCCGGCUCCUUCUACUACGGUCAACAGGCAGCUUCGGCGGUUCCUGCGCCUCCCGCGUCACCUGCCGACGCCCCACUGCAACCAGGAUCCGUAACCACAUUGCCAGGAAGAGGAGCCACCGUCUGGCAGCAGACAAGGGCCGACGAACGCGCGCACAAGGACCGCUCCGGCUUUGAAGGCCGUGUAGGACAAGCAUUGGACCGAGAGCUCAACGACGACAAGAGGCUCGAAGAGGCGCUGUUGGGUAAAGAGGAAGAGCUUAAUCUGGACCAGUUGAAGAAGGCGAGCAAGCCGAGACCGGUGAUCGGCCAGGAUGUCAGACGACAGGUCUGA